AUGAAGCAUCUAACUGCAUUGCAGGAUCUUAACAUUAGCGGUUGUGAGAUUCUUCAUUUCGACGAUCAAGACUCUUGCGAGUUUCGACUUCAAAAACUGGUAUUGUGUUUUUUAGCAGCGGUGGAAGAAUUACCAGAAUGGCUCAUUAAAGGAUCUGCAGAAACUUUGAAGAAUUUGAAACUUGAAUUUUGUCCAGCCCUCAAUGAAUUGCCAGCUUCUCUGCAGAAUUUUUCCUCACUACAAGAACUUCAGAUUUUAAGUUGUCCUCAAUUGGUCGAAAAAUAUGAACCAGAAACCGAUGAUGAUUGGUACAAGAUUGCUCAUAUCCCGAAAGUUAUUGUCGACAAUGUUGAUAUUAAAACUGCACAAACUUCGGUAUUAUGUGUGGUUUCCAGCUUGAUGUUUGCAUCGGUAUUGGAAUUUCUCAAGCUAAUUUAG